GAGGGAGGGAGGAAGGGACCGUUCCCCGGCCCCGGCCAACAACCUCCUGCGGGGGGCCGCGGCCUCGGGCACCAACCGAGCCGAGGGGAAGACGCGGGGAGCCUUGCGUUGGGCCAACGCCAUGGCCGAGAUCACCAACCUCCGCCCCCCCUACGACGUCUCUCCGGUGGUGGCCGGCCUGGUGGGAGCCACCGUGCUGGUGGUGUCGGUGUCCGUGUCGGUGUUCGUCUGGACGUGCUGCCGGCGGAGGGCGUCGAAAAAGCAGCAGACGCCCCCCUACAAGUUCAUCCACAUGCUGAAGGGGGUCAGCAUCUACCCGGAGCCCCUGGGCCGCGGGGCCGGCCAGAGGAAGGCCGAGCGGGCGGGCCCGGAGCCCCCCGCGCCGGACUACGGGCCCGGGCCUACGAGCCCCGAGUCCGGGACCCCCGAGUCCGGGGAGUCCGAGGAGCCGGGGCCGAGCCCGGGCAGCCCCUCGCCCUCGCCCCCGGCCCCGCUGGGCACCCUGAGCGUGGCCGUGGACUACAACUUCCUGAAGAAGGCCCUGGUGGUGACCAUCCAGGAGGCCCGGGGACUGCCGGCCACGGACCCGCAGACGCAGGCGGCCGACCCCUACGUGAAGAUGACCGUGCUGCCGGACCGGCGGCACCGGGUGAAGACGCGCGUGCUGCGCCGCACCCGCAACCCGGUGUUCGACGAGACGUUCACCUUCUACGGGCUGCCGGCCAGCCAGCUGCAGGACCUGGCCCUCCACUUCCUCGUGCUCAGCUUCGACCGCUUCUCCCGCGACGAUGUCAUCGGGGAGGUCGUCCUCCCGCUCGCCGGCCUCGACCCCGCCGCCGCCAAGGUCCAGCUCACCCGGGACAUCAGCCAGAGGAGCUUUCAGAAGUGCGUCGGCCGAGGGGAGCUUCAGGUGUCCCUGUCCUACCAGCCGGCGGCCCAGAGGAUGACCGUCGUCGUCCUCAAGGCCCGACACCUGCCCAAGAUGGACAUCACCGGCCUCUCAGGUAACCCCUACGUCAAGGUGAACGUGUACUACGACAGGAAGCGGGUGGCCAAGAAAAAGACGCACGUGAAGAAGUGCACCCUCAACCCCGUCUUCAACGAGUCGUUCGUCUACGACGUCCCGGCGGAGCUGCUGGCCGACGUCAGCAUCGAGUUCCUCGUCCUCGACUUCGACCGCGCCACCAAGAACCAGGCGGUGGGCCGCGCCAUCCUCGGGGCCCACAGCGGCACCGCCGCCGGCGCUGACCACUGGCGCCGCGUCUGCUCCUGCCCGCGGGAGCCCGUGGCCAUGUGGCACAGCCUCAGCGAAUACUGAAGCCGGACGGGGGGCGGGGGGCGGCCGGGGGUCCCGGGGCCCUCGGACUUGGGCGGCGGCUGACCCGCCCCCCCUCCCCAAAGUGCGACGCCCCGCUCGUGGGGUCCCCCGACCCCCCUCGUCCUUGGGAGACAGACCCCCGCCCUCCCACCCCACCCACCCCCCCGGCUUCCUCUGUCGAACAGACAGAUCCUUUGCGCUAAAAGAAGCCCUCGUCGUCCCCCCCGCUAAUUCCCCCUGCAGCCCCAAGCCCCCUUUCUCUCCCCUCCGGGCACUCACGUUCCUUUCAGUCGGGGAGGGGGCCGGCGGAGACCACCCCACUCUCUAUAGUCCAGUGUAACUGUAUAACUGCAUGCCUAACACACACACACACACACACGUACAACAAACACACACCCUCGUGCCCAAGGGCCUGGCUUCCCGCUCCCCCCACCCAGCCGGGGGUUUGAGCGUCACCCCCUUCGCCCCCUCAUCCCCCCCGCACCCCCAGGCUGGGCACGGCCCUGGGGGCGCCGGAUGCCGGGGCCCACCCAGCAGGGCAGACUUGGUGGGGGGGGUCCAUCCCUGCCACCCCCGAACCCCCUCCCCAUUUUCCGUGGCUCGGCCAAAGCCGCCCGAGGGGCACCGCCCCUCGGGCCUCACUCCGUGGCGCCGCAAAAUGGCUCACGCCUCCCCACGUACAACGGGGGGGGACCCCUGCCCCGCUCUUCCCGGCUGUAAAUACGGCGGCACCCCAAGUCAAAAAUACCUCCGGCAUUUCCGCGGCGGGCUUGCCCUCGCCCCCCACCUUGGGCUGGGGUGAGGUCCUGGGGGUGUCUCCCGUCCCCACCGAGCCCCGGGGUCGGGGACGCGGGCCCACGGGGAGCUGGGCACCCCCCUCCCCUCCCCGCUCGUGUUAUCCGACCGUGAGCCCGCUGUUGGGUGGGGACCGUCUCUAUAUGUUGCC